GACCGUCCAUGUUUGCAGACAGACUUCUGCAAAAAGAGGCGAAGGCGUACGAGCUUGACUUGUACUUCGUCUAUAAUUUUUUUUUAAAUUUCGGGGCUACCUGCUCAGAAAUUCUUAAUUCCGAGUCCCUUACAUCAGGGAGAUUCAGCUGUUAUCUUGCUUCCAGACGUCUGCCACUGAAGAGCCCAGGCAGGGCAAAAUCACGUGGUCUGGCAGCUCCAGCAGCCACAACAGAUGGUACUCAUAUGUCAUUGACAUAAAUACAAGUGCUUUUAUGCAAUAUGAGUCCUUAUAACAAGUCCUCUCAAGGGCUGCUGUCUUAGACUGAUGAUGGAGUAGCUAUUUUGGUUACGGCGCUGAGGGCUGCCCCCCCUAACCAUGGCUAGAAAUGGUGUGGUGCAACAAUGGCUUGAAUGUGUUCCUGCAUUGAACAGUAGUGCUGGCUGCUACAAAAGUGAAGAUAAUUCCUCACUUCUAGUGGUUGCCAAAACCAGCAAGAAUCUCUUUGGUGGUUGUAGAAGCUUUGUAUCCCUUAUAUUUGUUAGUUGCUCCUUUCCUUCCUACACACACACUAUAACUUUGCUUCUUGGUGAGAGCACUGGGACUUGCAAGUUGGUUGAUUUACUUUACUCUUUUAUACAGUUUUUAGCAGUCUUCUUAGUCAUUCUUAUUAAAAGACUUGUUGUAAAACAUUUUUCUUUCGUUAAUAUUUUUUUCACCGAUUUUCCUCUUCUCUUUUAAAUUCUUUCUACCUUUAUUUUAAUUAUUUCUAUUUAAAUAUUUUUUUUUAAAAGUAGCUUUGCAAAAAAAAACUCAAGAAAACCCAAGAACAUAUUUCUCUUCAUAAUUAUAAUUUAUUCUAAAUAUAUAUAUAAAGAAGUAGAUUUAAAACAAAAAGGCUAUUAAUAAUUAAAGACUUUAGUCCCAAACCACUCCAGCUGGAUUGCUCACUUGUUUCGUUAUGGCCAGCUUAACUACUAUGAGAAAAUGUGGUUUGUAUGAUAACUGUAUUGAAACAUUGUCGCUUAAAUUGAAUUCCAGUUGCUUUACCACUUUAGUCGCCCCAACUCUAUUGUUCUUUUUACUUCAAAGUAAAUCAUUUACUUCUUGCAAUUAUUGCUCAGGCCUCACCUUCAAGUCCCUGAUAACAUUCAAACCCCUUGACUCUAUUAAGACCAACAGCCGUCCUUUGCUCACUUAUGCCCAUAUUGUUCAUCUGUUUGGCUCAAACUUUAACUCUUUUAGUUCCAUACUUUCUCUGUUACUUGCUCUUUUUGUUUUUGCAAACUACACUCCUUUUGUGUUUAGCCUCUACUACAGUCAAUGCUCUAACACAUCAUUUCUUUCCCAUUUUCACCACCAAACUGAAAUGGCACUUGAAAACACUUACUAUUAUUUUUCCCCUGUUCUGCCAUCAACUCUUUCUUCUCUCUCUGCUGCAACUGACCAGACAUUCAUUUAUUUUGAUCACUUUUUCACUCCUCUUCUUUCUAGUACUACUGCUGCAACCACAUGCUGUUUUUCCUGCCCCAAUGCUUCAUCCACCCUUUGUCCUUUGGCCCCACAACAGCAGCAAUGCUAAGGGCCAGGACUGUUCCUGGCUUCAAUAUCAGCAGUGCUGCAACUGCCAAGAAGCAGCAGACUCAGGAGCAGGUGGGGUGGAAACAACUGCAGUGGUAGCAGGAGAAGCAGCAGGUGUGUGUACAAUUCUAAUGAGAGAUCCAGAAUUACGGAUGUAUGCAGGUGUGGCUGAAGUGGAAUUAAAAAGUUCUGCUGUGGAACCACCAACAACAACAACAGAAGCAUUGGUGGCAGGUGCUGACUCGCUGAUGUUAAAUACUAUCACCACCAGCACCUCAUCCACAAUGAUAACUGUGCGAAUUCCUCAAUCUUCUCCUCUUUCGCGCACCUCACCUCCUCCCCUUCUUUCUCCUCCAUUCUCAGUUUCCUCCUCCACCAUGUCAUUAUCUUCAAGCCUAGUCUCUUCAUCAGAGACUACCAAAGAUUUGCCAGCACCCACUGCUGUCACCAUGACAAUAACAUCAGCAGCUGCAACUAAUGCUAGUACUGUGGCUGUUUCAAAUCUCCAUCAUUCUUCUUCAAAGUCUGUGUCAACACAGAAUCCGGUGUCUUCUUCAUCAGUAGCUCCUCUACUGACAACUACUAUGAUGAUGAUGAUGUCUUCACCACUGUCAUCGACAUCCUCCUUACGAAGGUCCACAAGCUCAGUGCACAACUGGUUUCAGUCUGAACUGGACAUGCGAGGUAUUGAGUCAGUCUACUCUCGUUAUAUUAUUAGUUUGCUCCUGCAACGGGACAAAGACAGUCAUGAAGAUAGUGGCAGCUGUGGACCUAUUGAAGGGAUCACUACUGGCUUGUCCCACCUUCGUCGAGAACCCAUGGUUACUACGAGCAAUCAGAGUACCACUAAAGUUAUGCCAGAUGAAUCAAAGGGAGUCAGUUGUGUCAGCAAUACUAAAGCUUCCCUCUCCACUAGUGCAGGGCUCUCUGUGGCAGGGACUACUACUCAAGGGCGCCGGCAGAAAGGAGUAAACAAGAGGGAGAAGUUGCCUUUAUCUGAAGAGGAGAGCAAAAAGAGAGAAGCAGUUCAGUGCCUUCUGGAGGUUUGUGAUGAAGUGCAAGCAGGAGGAAUUGAGAAAUUAAUAGAAGAAUUAAUGCUCAAAUUGAAAGAAUUGGAGAAGAAAGAAUCAACUCAGAGAGAAGCGGUACCUGUCUCAGUAGCUACAACUGACAGUUCAAAGUAUGUAAAACAAGAUCCAGCUGAAAGGUACUAUGCUGCAUUUCCUGCCCUGUCAACAGAUUCCUCCCAGACCACACCUACUAUAGGAUCUCCUUCCACUGUAAUUCCAGGAUCUGACAAUUCAAAUGUCUGGAAGAAAAAACUUCAGCAGCAACAAGAACAGCAGCAACAAGAACAGCAGCAGCAGCAACUGCAACAGCAGAAACAACAACAGCUGAUGCAACGUAAACGACAGUUUCACCAAGUAAAAGCUGAUAAGAAAUCACAUUACCAAUCUGUCAGUGGUAAUAAUUGCAGUGGCACCUCUACAUCAGUUAAUUCCUGCACUAAAGAGAACAAAUGCCAAACUAAGAGCAGACGGAAUGGCAACAUUCGUCGUAGGAAUGACUCCACUAUCCGGCUUGGUACUCGCAGCUCUCACACACACCAUGGAAACAAAGAAAAUGUCCAUAAAAAAACAGAAAGCAGUAGUUUAACUACUCACUACAGUUCUGCUCGGAACAGGCACCAUAAUUCAGGUUUUUAUCCACUACACAUGGUUUCAAUGAAGCAACCUCAGCAGCGAACUGGAUCAGGCAAGAGUAAGCUCUGCCGUGCUCUAACCUGUGAUAUGUCUGCGGAGAUACAGCCUUUAACAAGUCACACUGUCACCCAGCAACAGCAACAGUUAAUUGGUGGCUGUGAGAACUUGAAACAAGGCCAAUACUACCAUAGAAAAAUGGAUAACUACAAUAAUUCAGAUUAUAAAAGCAGUAUAUGUUCUGAUAGAGAGGGUCAGAAAUAUUGUAUAAUUGUGGAGAAUAUUCUCAAAGAUAUUCUCCUCUCAUCCAAUGAGAAACGUCCAGCUUUGGCAGCAGAUAGAGAUCCAUAUUCCACCUCCCAUACUUCGCACUGGCGAAUGCAGGAUCAACAAUUUCAGUAUGCAUCAGAUAUCUUGAAUCAACAAGACAUUCUGAGAAACCAACUGGCUGUGAGAUCAGUUGCACUGAAUCAAACAGCUCCACAAUCUAUUUCGAUUUUAGAUCCUCCUUCACCCACAGGCUCAUCCCCACUGUUUCUUCUCGAUGAAAUCAACUACAGUUACUAUGACCAAAGUUUUCGAGAUAUGAAAUGGAGCAACGAGGAGAUAAACCCAGUACCUAAUAUGGUUUGUGAAGCAUUUCGUGAGGAUGCCUCCUGGUAUGAGAGCAACUUUGAAGACCCAUUUGACACUGUGCGUUGCUCUCCUGUUGCAUGCACUACAGUUGCUGAAGUACCUUCUAUCAGUAGUGUGGAUUCUAGCAGUAAAUUGCGUGCCCGACUUUAUAAGAGGCACAGCUACCCACUCCCUUCACCAUCAUCAUUAGAUGAUAUUCAGUCUUUCACUGAAAAUAAGAUUGAUAAUUUCUCUAUGUUACUCGGCCCUUUUGUUGAAACUCAGCCGCCUAUUUACCCAAGUGAAAAGGUUGACUCCUGCAUGCUUUCAACAUCAAGCAUGAGCAAUGAGCCUGUUGGCAGUUUUUGCCAAAGUAAACAAGUUGAUUCUCCAGUUGCUGAAAGUAAUCAUUGUGAUAAAAAUUUGACAGCUGUUACCAAUGAGAAAUCAGGAAACAGUCCAAUUAGUAAUAUGGUAACUUCUGGUCUGAAUUGUACUAAUGAUGCUCUGCUAACUACAAUGACCGAUACUAACCUGUGGUCAGCUGUAACAACCACUACUAGCAGCAGUUCUCAAACAGUUAGCUACACUUCACACAUUGGUGAAAACCUUCCCAAGAGUCACCAUAGUGCAAGUUGUUUGACCACUGAACCAAACAUUGAAAGUGUAUGGUCAUUUCCGGGACAUUUGCUUGUUGACAUCCAACCACCUCAGCCAGCUACUGCAGUUACAAGCAUUGUACUUACACCCCAGUUACUUCUCACUGACUCUGAGCAGAGUUCUGUCCCAAAAUCCUCAACAGCUGAUGCCACUUUUACUACCACUUCAGCAACACCUUCACUGCUUUCCACUUUUACUUGUGCCACUAGCCACUCAUAUCUCAGCCCUAGACAUCCAUCAAUCAAUACGGAGAGUGGUAAAGUCAAUACUUCUUCCGUCUGUUCUUCUACUGUCAACACUCCCUCAUCAACUUCUCCUUGUUCUACAUCAUCACUGUCUCUAGUUGACCUCUCAUAUCUGACCCAUAUUGCAGAAUGUGACUCUAAAGAUCCAUCAAGUCUCAGCGAAAAUAUUUCAGUGUCCAAUGAUCAGAAGCCACUGAACAUUAACAGUGAAAAUACUGAAGACAGUGAAAUAUUAGACACUCUUUCUACAUGUGCUGAAUCACUACCAGGAAACACUUGGAAAGACACUGAUAUGCCAGCACUAAUUCGUAGCCCUGUACUCACCCCUGGUCACUAUCCUGAUUUCUCAAGAGAUAGUCAAACAACUGAAACUCCUGAAAACUAUAUGACUGCUAUAUACAACAAGUUAGAUUCAAGUUUCUCAGCUGAACUUUUUGCCCAAGGCAACCAGAAAUGGCCUGAGCAAUUAGUGUUUGAUAUGAGAUUACUAUGGCAAGAUCAUCAACUGCAGUAUAAGAAGGAAAGCUUUAGUAAACCUGACUCUAUGCUAUCAACUGUUGUUGAUCCUGUAGAUGGUAAGUCAAUCAGUCUACCAGACUUCAGUAUAAUCAAUCAGCUAUGGUGUAAAAAUUGCAAUGACAACAAUAUUGAGGAAGGCCUUGCAAAUCCUGAUGAAUUUUUUACUAAAGGUAACUCUUUUUCUCAGUUGUGGAACAUAAACUGUCAAAAGCGGUUAACCAUGUCCAGCCAGCCAAUUCCUCAACACCGCCCAUAUUCCAAUAUUUGCUCUUACUCACCACAACAGCUGAAGCAUAACCCUUUUACGUUAUUUCUACCAACUGUUGGUUCUGUAGCUACCACAUCUUCACUUAGUUCAAACUCACCACCUAAGGUUGCCAGCUUGCCACCAAUCUCUUCAUUUCUCCAUGAUAACACGUCUUUGUUCUCUCCUGUUUCCAUCUUUCCUUCUGCUGCAGUAAUUACCAACAACAGCAGCAACAACAACAACAACAGCAGUAGUAAACAGUUUGGUAACUGGGAUUAUUUCUGUUGUAACUAUUAUAGUUUCUACAGUUCUUCACCAACUGGCCCUUUCUACCAUCAGCAAAGUUGGCCAGCCUCUUCCUCGUCUUUCUUCUCAUCACCUCUCCUUUCUCCUCCAUUGAGCAAUUCUAGUUUUAUGUUUCCAUUAGCCAGAGACUUUUACCCAGAAAAGCCUGUUAUAUCACUUCCUAUCAAGGUUUUGCCUACCACAUUUGUUCCACAUGCCAUAGAGAGUGCCAAACAUGAAUGUUCAGCUUUAGUUGAUGUAAAAGAUGAUAAUUUACCACCUCUACCUGGAUGUGAUAAAAUGCAGGAUACUUCAGAAUUACCUGAAUCCGAUGCAACCACUAAUCUUGAAAAUAGAAAAAAGUUUUCAGAAGUUCAAACUUCAACAUUACCUUCGCCUCCUUCAUCUGUUGUUUCCAUUGUAACUUCUCCAGUGUCAUCUUCAACUGUUUCAUCAACUUCUCCGUGUUUAUUGUCUUCAUCUCCAUCUUCCUUGUUACAGACCUCUGUUAUGGGUCCUUUUCAAGCUUCUGAAUUGAUUCCUUCUAAAUGCUCUGCCUUUAAAGAUGUAAUUCCACGUAAACACACAGUAAUGGCUGAGCUUUCUGAAACACUGGAAGACAACAAAAGUAAGUCUUUGGAAGAGGAGGAAGAAUUGGCACAACAAUCCAGUCCAGUAAUAUCACCUCAUGAGAUGUUAUAUUUUUCUCCCAGGACUCAUUUUCGACCAAUUAAAACCCCACCUGGUGUGGGUAUUGGACACAAAAUUAGCCUGGAUACUCUCAAUGCAGUUGCUGCUGCAGAUCUCUUGGUGACUGUUGGUUCAAAUCAUGCUAAAUCACAAAGAUUCAUUCCUGAAAAUAUUUCAGCAAUGGCACCAAUUCUUUAUCAGCCUCCAGAUCUGUUUGGAGGCCAUCCCGAAUGCCGAUCACCUUAUCAAGAUUUCCACCAAGCAGAAACUAUUGAGAACAAAACAGAAAGUGUUCAUCCCAAAAUAGGAUUUGUGCCAAAAUUUCGCCUGCACAGGAAUACAGAUAAAUACAUUCAGACUGGAAUGUCUCACAGCUCGCCACAAGAAGAGUCAAGAUCAACACAAUUUCACCUUACUUGUCAGCAGCCUAAUGAAAGUUUUGUAGAUUAUGAUCUUGAAAAACUUGCUGAAGAGGUGUGUUCAGAAGAUAACAUUAGAGAUUGCGCUACUGCAUCUGAUGUUAGGCCAUUGCCAUCUGGUUUCGAGUCUGAUUGCUACAUGAGUCUUUGUACUCCACAGUAUGGGGUUUCUGAUGUAGGCGGUGCAUUCAGUCGUUGUGAGAGAAAUAAAAUAAACAAUGCAGCUAGUAUCUGGAGUUAUGACAAUCAGUCAGAGUCUGCUGGCACCUCUUCAACACCUUCACCAUGGGGCAGAGAUAAUAUUGAUAGUAGUACAACCAGUAUAUUGGGUUUAAUGGCAUCUGAUGCUAAAAAUCACUAUCCAAAGACAUGGAGUCGUGGGUCAGAUGAAAUACUAAAUUGGACACCUGUAGCUGUAACUGAAGCAAUAAACUGGACGCCAAUUGCUCCACAUGAUUCAUGGCCAGUUGCUGUUUCAUCUUCUACCUCAUCUUGUAGUUCUGCUGCAUUGGAUCCUGGCAACUGUAUUCAUGUAUUUUCCCAGCCAUCAUCAAUUGCAGAUGAUACACAUAGGAACCCUGCUCUGAAUAUCAGUGGUCAUGUGAUUAAAGAGGAACAGUGGCCAAACAAUCAAGGGAGUUCUAAAUCAGUUUCAAUGAUGUCAAGUCACAGUAGUCCUCUCAGUGGUAUAGUGCCACCAUUUAGCACAAUCAGCAGUACAAAUCACCUUUCAAAGAUUCCCAUAUCAGAUGUAGUCUGUGCUAAGUCUGAUUUAUGGCAGCAACAGCAGCAAAAUACUUGGAUAAAUUCACAAAAAACACAUACCUGGCAACCAGCAUUACCUUUAAGUUCUGAAGCAGUUAACCCUACAAUGUGGGACAGUAACGAUGGGUGUGGAGAUACAGGAGCUGACCACUGGAUGCUGGAAAGUCCAGGCACAGAAGACUCAGACUGGACAUCAGAGACACCUGUACACAAGACAUCUGGUAAACAAAUGUGGCCUAAGCCAGAAGUUGUUAUAAAGUCACAAAGUAGGGUCAAUAAAGAUUCAUCAUCAACAAGCCUUCUGGGCAAGUCUUGGUCAGUGGAUGACACCCAGACUGAUGAACUGGAUUGGUAUUUCAGUGCAACAUCUGCCAUGAAAAUAAAGGAAACAAAGAAAGCUUUGAUGGAGGCAACUAACAGCCAACAAGUCUGGGAAGGCAAUUUAUUGCAGUGCCCUGUUUCAUGUGAGGACAACAUCAAUAGUGAUGUCUGGUUCAACAAACCACUCAUCUGUACUCCAAAGCUUUCAACAGAGCAAAAUGAUUGGCCAAGAAGCAAAGACUGCACGCCUGAAACCUCUCUCUCUGCUUCAUCUUAUUUAACUACUGACCCACUUCUAACGCCAUUGUCUCUUAGGAAAUCAAAUACAUGGUUUGCUACCUCAGAGAAACCAUGUUAUUGGCCUGGGAAGUAUGGAAAUGAGAACAUGAAUGAGGAAAACACGGCUAAAAAGUGGCUCUCUGUGCAGCCACAUGAGAUGUCUUAUGACAAAAUUACUAAUCAAGGUUACCAUGAAAAUACAAAUUGCAAGCCUGAAAAUAUUGGGGAUGUUAAAGAUAUUGAUAUUUAUAAAAAAAAUGAAAAUGAUAUUAAUAAUGAUAAUAAAAAUAAAGACUGUUGUAAAGAUGUUGAAACUGAUAAUUUGGCUGAAGAAUUAUCAGCUCUAAAUUGUGAAAGGAUAUUGAAAAAGACAGGAACUGAGUGGUUGUCUGAAAAAUCCGAUCAUAUAGACUGGACUUCUGUCAGAGACAUGUCUGUGGCAUUAAGCUGGCCAGCAGUUCCAUCACAAGCAUCAAUCAGUUGUUCUGGUGACCAUUGUCAGGAACCUCUCUUAAGGGGUUGGCUUAAUAACUACACUUUAACUUCUAAUAAUGCAAAUUUUAAGACAACCACAGUAGUUACUACUGGAACUGAGAAGGUUGGACCAUUAAACUGGGCUGAACCAUGUUGUAUGCAAAAGUCCACAGAGAAGUCCGCAAACAGUUUGACUUUGGAUCAAACUGAUAAAACUUUAGCAGUUUCAUCUAAAAAAGUUAUGUCUUCGAAUGUCAAAAAGUCAUAUGAGAACCUUGAGACAUUAGUGCCGUUGCCAUGGGAAGCUGUUUACUCCAGUGAACUUGAGAAAGAGUGGCUAAACAGUGAAACCUCUUUAAACAGCAGCAGCACUGUACAAUUACCAGAAGGCAAGGAACUACAUUUAAAAUCACGGUCCAUAAAGAAACCUUGCAGCUUUUUCCUGGAGGGAAACUGCCGGCGCACUGAAUGCAAGUUCUCCCAUGAUAUUUCUACCAUCACCUGCAGGUUUUGGGAGGAUGGUGAAUGUUUUAAAGGGGACACUUGUCCAUUUCUACACGGCUAUUAUACUACUGCUACUGUAACAUCUUCAGCCACUACUGCAGCAGACAAGUAUGAAAGUGCAGCAGUUGGUAGUAGUUCUGAAAUUGCUUCUUCUAGUACCGUGAAGGAACUCUCUUUCCUACCUCAGUCUAAAGUGACCGACAACCCAGCCAGCAGUCAGACAUGUGUCUGAGUCAUGAAGUGUUUAGGAACUGUGAUGCAAAUGUAACCAUAGACAUUGUUGCUAUGGCUGGAUGUAAGAAGAUGAGAUGCAAAGUUGAAGGAUACUCACAAUGUCCCCAAUUCCUUUUCCUCAUUCUUCUGUAACUUCUUCACCCAUCUGUUGGGUGAAGCCCAAUAGAUUGUCUUUCAAAUAAAUUAUAUUUAUUUAACUAAAUAUAAACAUACACAUGAACAAAUAUUAUGUGUAUGUGUGUGUAUAUAUGUAUAUAUAUGUAUAUGUAUAUAUAUAUAUAUAUAUAUAUAUAUACACACACACUCACACACACACACAUACAUACAUAUGCACACAUAUAUAUACAUACAUAUACAUAUGUGUAUGUGUUUAUAAAUGUAUCUAUGUAUUUGCAUAUAUGUAUAUGCAUAUAUAUUGUGUGUAUGUAUAUAUAUUUUGUGUGUGUGUGUAUAUAUAUAUAUAAUCUCAUUGUGUAUUUGUGUGUGUGUGUGUGUGUAUAUAUAUAUAUAUAUAUAUAUAUAUAUAUAUAUCGACAGAUAUAAUGUAUAUAUGUAUGUUUAUAGAUAUGUGUAAAACUGUAAAUAUAAUGUUAUAUGUAUAUAUACAUGUGUGUGUGUGUGUGUGUAUAUAUUAUAUACAUAUGCACAUAUAUAUAUAUGUAUGUGUGUGUGUAUAUAAGAUGUAUAUACAAAUUUUAUAUAAAUUUCAAUCUUACUAGCAUAUGAUUUUUUGGCCUUUCUGUGAGCUGUUCACUAUAUAUUAAAAUACAUAUGUUAUGUAUAUCAGUAAGUAUUAAUGUCUGUGUGCAUAAAUAUAUGUAUGUAUGAGCUUGUGCUUGUAUAUCUGUGUUUGUUCAUGAAUUUCUGUUUAUUAUAUGUUUAUGUAUAUAAAUGAAUGUUUACAUGUGUGUUGUUUGUGUGUUAUACACACACUGAGAGGUAUGUGUACAUAUAUAUGUAUGUAUAUACAUACACCCGUGUGUGUUAAGUCUUGGAACUAUGUUUAAGUAACACCAUUGACAUAUAUACACAUACUGUAAUUUUUGGAUUGUAAUAUAUACAAAGUUCCAAUUAAUCAUUACAAGUGUAUGUGUGUGUGUGGGCAUAAUUAUAUGUAUGUGUUUAUAUGUGUGUAUGUGUAUAAGCUUAAGUAUAUGUUCGUGUGGUUGGGGUUGUGUGAAUGUGUAUUUCUGUCCUGUACAUGAAAGGAUACUCACCUACAGGUAAUGUGUCUUGAUGCUCUCUCUAAACCUUUUGUCCUCAAGCUCUGAAAUGUUUCUGUUUUUUGUUUUGUUUCCCCCCCCCCUUUUCUGAGAAAUUCUUUCUUAGUUGAAAAACAUGUAUUUCCAACAGCAGAGGCAUCCAUUUGUAGCACAAUACCUUCAUAAUUGGUAAUCACCUAACCCCUGCUACCAUGUGUCUGAGUGUGUGUUUAUAUGUAUAUAUUGGUAUAUAUGUAUGUGUGUAUUAUACAUGUGUGUGUGUGUUUGUAUAUGUAUGUAUAUACAUGUAAAUGUUUAUAUUUACCUGUAUAUAUAUUUUUAUGCAUGUGUAUGCGCAUAUAUAUAUAUAUAUAUAUAUAUAUAUAUAUAUAUAUAAUGUAUGUGUGUAUGUUAAGGCUGUUUGCCAAAUUGUAAUAUUUGGCUUAUGUUUGUAAGGUUGUUUUGAUUCCUGCAAUGUGCAGCAUGUUGUGUCCCUGAGCAGGACAUGUCAUUUCAUGUUGCUUCAGUCUAUUUAGUUGCAAAAUUGUACCAGCUGAAUGCAGGCCCAGCUCUCUCUCUCUCUCUCUCUCUCUUCAGUUGUCGUAACCUUCAAAUUCCACUGAGCCAUGAUUGGGAGUGCUGAGAUAGAUGAUGUCUGUGUCUACUUGUGCCUACAUUGGUACCAAAUACGAUUAACAGGAGCAUCAUACAUGCUAGUAUGUGUUACUUGCUUUCCUGUGACAGUUAAAUUCGUGUAUGUAUGUGUAUAUCUAUCUACAUAUAGUAGGUAAGAAGUUGCUAGUAUAAGUAUAGAAUUAGUGCUCAGAAUUGUCAGAUUCUUAAAUUCCAACAUUCUAAUCAGGGCAAAAUAGUCCAACAAAACAAGAGUUGGCUAUAAGAAAUACAUAAUCCAAGCAAGUAAUAAAGAGUCAAUGUAUGGAUAAACAAUUAUAGAUCGCAAGUAUUCAUUUAUGAGAUGUUACAUAUACAUAUUCCUUUUACAAAAAGAUAAAUCUUUACAGCUGUUUCAAAGACUCAGCAACUGGUUGAUGCUAUAAUGCAUAUUGUGCAAACAGGCAUAAUAAUAUUAGAGUUCAAUCUAAUCACUGUUGAAUUUGUUUUAAGUAUUGUUAAGAGCAUCUUCUUUAGAAUUUCCUACUUUUCCACAAAUCAUGAUAUGUUUAAUAAUCACAUCCCAAACUAUAAUCAAGCCCUGCAUACUAGUGAUUUCCCUGAUAAAAUAUCUUACACCCAGAACACUAGGCACAAAAUCAUGCUUAAAGAACUAAUUCUACACAAUAAUUGUACUAUAACUAAUCUUAAUUAGACCACUAAUUCUAAUAAGGUUUUAAUUAGGAUAGUAAUUAUGCUGCCAAUUUCAUAGUCUUUCAUAGAAAACACCCCUCUCUUCCUAAGUAUAAUACUAACAGUUCGCCCUUAGUUAUGCCAUGACUACCCUUCUGGAUGAUGGGUUUGGAGAACUCAAGAUUCAUCUAUCCCAGGAUCAUAACCCACUAAAAUAUCCAGGAAAGUAUAAGAAGUAUAGGAGGCAUGAGGCUUUUAUGGUUUGCACCACUAUUUUGUUUACAAGUAAGUCUCAUUGAAACUGAUCCUCAUUAUUUCAAUGUUCAGUUUUCCAUGCUUGCAUGUACUUGACAGAAUUUGUUGAAGCAGAUUUUCAAUAGGGUGGCUACCCUUCCUGUCGCCAACUCCCACCUGUUUCCAAGGAAGGCCAAAUGUGCUUGCAUGGAAGGAAGGAAAUGAAAGACACCACUUGUAUGUCAGCCACACUCUUUUAAGUCCAUUCAGAAUACUUAGGUCAAUUUGGAGUUGUAGCAGAAGACACUUUCCCAAGGUGCCAUGCAUUGGGACUGAACCCAAGACCAUGUGGUUGAGAAACAAGCUUCUUAACUACACAACCACACCUGUACCUACAUGUCUUUCAAUAUUCGAAGACCACCUUGAUGUAAAUACCACUCCAAAUCUUUCAUGUCCACAAUCAAACUUUCUUAUUCUACCACACCUAAUCUUGGAUCCAUAGUCACAGCAGCAAAUAAAUGGAAACUCAGCCUUAUAUAGACUUGUAAAUUUUGUAAUGAUAUUUAGUGUUACCAUAAUAUUAAUAAUGGUAGUGGUAGUAAUAAUAUUAAUAAUGAUAUGAAUGUGGUUUACUAUCUUCAUAAUAAUAAUAAUAUAUUCUUGAACAACAACAAUUGUGAUGAUAACCAUAAUAAUAGUAAUAAUGAUAUUAAUAGCAAAACCAACAUCAUUCACAUCAGACAUGGAAAUAACACCCUUACUGGAGAUAUGAAUAAGAAAUGCUCCAAUAUCAGCAACAGCAUUAAGAAGAAGAAUCCCAGUUGUAAUAAUUUUAUUUACAGUAAUUGUAAUCUUAUAUUAUAAAAGAGAAGCCGAUCUUCAUCUGACUGUCCAUAACAACAUGUAUGUAGAGGGAGGGAAGAAGGGGAGAAAUCAACUGGGGAGGUAACCCUUGUCACAGCAUAUGUUUAGGAGAGGAGGAGAAAAGUUGUUGAGAGAGAGAGAGUGUGAAAGAUAGAUAAAUAAGUAGACAGGUAGUGUUGUUACCAAAAUAACUAACAAGUUUUUAUUAAAAACACAAGAAUUUUAAGUGAAAGUCUGUCAACACAACGCAGACUUUAAAAUAACUGUAUGUAUAAUAUAUAGUUAUUAUUUUUGUUGUAUGUUUCUGUAUGUCUUUCAACAUAUAAACAAUGCAACACAGACUUUAAAAAAAUACUUUCACUAUAAUGAGAAGUGGUUAUUGUUGAGAGAGAGCGAGAGAGAAAAAAAAAGAAACAGUUUGUUGUUGAGCAUAUCAUUGUGACCGCUGUCUGUAGUAAUCACCAAAAUAUACAAAGACUCUUUGGCUGAUUUUAGGAGAUGCUGUUUGGCACAUAUUAGUUUGUUCUCUAAUAUUAAGCAUAAAUCUUCUACUUAGCUAGUAAAUUAUAUUCAUCAUCUCAAAGCUAAUAGUAUUUCCUUUAACAUCUGGUUAAAUUAGGGCUGGAAGACCUUACAUGGAUGGUUGCACUGCAUACAAUUUGUGCAAUGAAGAAUCCCUUAAGAUUUUACACGAGAAUAAGGAUCUCUUUAAUAAGCAGUAUUAUAUAAUAACAUUCUGCAGGCAUAGAUUUUUAAACAUUUUUCCUUUUACCAUAGAUUAACAUGUUCCAGUUGGCGUUUAUAACUAUACAUUUGUAUUCAGAUCUAACAUUCUAAUUCUUGCUUUUAUGUCUUUAGCCUAAAUAGAAUGUUGACCUACCUUAAUUCAAAUGGAACUUUACAAUUAUUGUACAUUUUUCAUUUACGUAAUAUUGUUGAUUUUUAUAGUUCAUCCUUAUACAUUUACAUCUUUUUAUUUCUUUAUAUUUUUCUACUGGCUUUAUUCUUAUCUACACAUUCAGACACUUAAAUCAGCUUGUCAAUGCCUCUUUUACACAGAAGAGGCCAUUUCAUUUACCAUUUCUUUUUUCUUAAUAGAUUCUCUUUCAUCUCGCUUCUUUAUUCCAUAUUCUUCAAACUUAGAUCUACAACCUUAAUAGUCAAGCUUUUCAAACCAGUCUUUCAUUCUUUACUUUCUUCUUUCUCACCCUUUUUCUAUAUCCCACCUCUCUCACACAUUUUAAUGACAUAUUUUUGCUCUAGAUCUUACAUCCUUUCUCUUCUUUUCCUUUAUUCACAUCACCAGUUCUAAUUACCCUCUUCUUCCUCCAUCUUUUUAUUGAUGCUUAUGGAUUUUCCUAAAUAUGUAACCUGCUACUAUUGCAUUCACAUUUGCUACUGAUCCUUCUGAUGAAAAUAUUCAGCAUUUCUAGCAUAAAGAUAUUAACGUAUCAUGCUUGAUAUUUUUGCUUAUUUGCUGUAUAUGAUUAUUGUUUCGCUAUGUACAUCUGUUUGCCUAAUAUGCACUGUAGCAUCAACUUUGGAAACAGCUGUAAAGAUAACAUCUCAUAUAAUUGCAUUAAUGCCAUCUUUUAUUUCAUGUGUGUGUGUAUAUAAAUAUAUGUAUACACACACACACACACACACAACAUUUGAAGGCAGUUGCAUAUGUUUGUGUGUGUUUGUCAUCACUUGGCAACCAGUGGUGAUUCUUGUUUUUAAACUUUUCAUAACUUAGUAUUGCAUCAAACAGUUACUGAAACUCGGUACCAAAUUUAAAAUAUGUAUUCAUUUGAUCUGGUGAAGUAAUGCAUAUACACAUACACACGUGUCUGUUUGUGUGUGUUUGUAGGCAUAUAUACAUAUAUAAGGCAAAGUAUGCAUAUGUGAUUAGGAGGAUCACUUAUCCUUGUGGUUUUGGUUUUCUCCUACCCAGCAGCACCUAAAGCUACUGUCUACUGCUGUGAAACCAGGCUAGCCAAUGUUUUGCAAAUGAAUUUGGUAGACAGCUGUUAUGUGUGUGGGGAGGGGAGGAGUAACUUAGUGAAUGUUUAUACCUUCCAAGCUUCACAUUAAAAUGUCCAGAGCUCCAAGCAGUUAAAGUUUGUUGUCAUUUUUCAUGUCAGCAACGUUGUCCAUUGGCUCUGCACUUUUGACAGUAUGUUUGAGUAAGAGAUUCCUUGCUUAUAUAACAGGUAAGGUUUGGUGACAGGAAGAGCAUCUGGCUGUAAAAUAAUGCCUUAAUAAUAAAUAUUUGUCUAAACACAUUCUAGAAUAGUGAGAAGUGCAUGGACAAGCAAACAGUGUGUAUGUGUGCAUAUAUAUAUAUAUAUGGCAAGAUGGAUUAAAUAGAUUGAAUUGUUUGUAUGUGAAUUUAUAGAUAUAUUUAUCAUAACUGGUUUUAACAAGUACAUUUACAUGUAUGUUUAUAUGUAUAUGUUUGUCAUGUAUGUGUGUGUGUAGGUUUUAUGUAUAUGUAAUGUCCAUAUUUGAAUGUAUGUAUACAUUUUUUAUUUAUGUACACGUGUGUAUAUAUGCGUGAAAGUAUUUUUGUAUAUAUAACUAUGUAAAUGAAUAUAUGUUAUACAAAUAUAUGUAUAUAUUAUAUACAUAUACAUCUAUAUAUAAUAUAUAUAUGUAUACAUAUGUGUGUGUAUAUUCAUUUAUAUAUGCCUAUAUACAUAUAUAUAUCCUUGUUAAGUUUGAAGUACUUAUAUUCUGCUGUUGAUUUGUCAAAUCAAUGGCAGUGUAUUGAUUGAACUUCAAAAUCUGGUUAAAUUAAUGGGAAUUGUCCUCCAAAAAUUAACACAAUUCUAUUAAAAGAAAUAUUUAUCCACUCA